AUUGGACUUUUGGGACACUGUCAUGCCAGCGAUUGAGUGCCGAUCCAUCAAAUGCAUCGCUGCGGUCUUUCACUCAAAAUUUUCAGACGUGAGAUUUUCGAGGAAAUCCUCUGAAAAGCAAUGGCCAAGACCAAGACGGAGAAACGCACCAAGUCCGCCAUCAAUGAGGUGGUGACGCGUGAGUGCACAAUCCACUUGUCCAAGAGGAUUCACAACAUUGGGUUCAAGAAGCGCGCCCCACGCGCCAUCAAGGAGAUCCGGAAGUUUGCCGAGCACGAGAUGGGCACCAAGGAUGUGCGCAUUGACACCCGUCUGAACAAGCACAUCUGGUCCAAGGGUAUCAGGAGCGUUCCCGUGCGUGUUCGCGUCCGCCUGGCGCGUCGCCGCAACGACGACGAGGACUCUCCCCACAAGCUGUACACCCUCGUGACGUACGUUCCAGUGCCCACCUACAAGGGCCUCCAGACGGAGAAUGUGGAGUCCAGCGACGAUUAGAGUGAUUGUGUUGGGCAACAGGCGAGAAAUACACCGUGAAAUUGAA